UUUAAAUAAAGAAUAUUAAAUCUCUAUAAAUGUUACAAAAACAAGUUUAGUUAAAAAUGUUGAAGAUUUCAGUUGUAACACACUAAUCACAACAAUUUUAUAAAAAUGUUUGUUUUAAACUAAUAAACAUAUCUUUAUUUUACAUUAGCAGCCUUGUCCUAAGUGCCUUUAGUGCAUAUUUUAAGGAUAAAUAGCAGGUAUUUUCAAUCACGAUAUGACACAUGAAGACAUUUCAUUGAUCUAGUCUAGUGAAGGUGUGUGUGUGUGUGUGGGUGUUUUAUCAAUCAUGCGCUCCUCCAGUGGACUCCAAAGCCCACAACUCUUCCCGUGAUGACGCCGCAGCGCAGAACGCGUCUCACGCAACGCUCGGUGUUUUGGAGAACAACGGAAGAUGGCGAGCUCAAACAAUCCGCGAAAAUUCAGCGAGAAAAUCGCCCUGCACAACCAGAAGCAGGCGGAGGAGACCGCGGCGUUUGAGGAGGUCAUGAAAGAGCUGAGCAUCACGCGAGCUGCACGGUUGCAGUUACAGAAGACCCAGUAUUUGCAACUAGGCCAGAAUCGAGCUCAGUGCUAUGGAGGGUCACUGCCCAAUGUCAAUCAGAUUGGGAAUAGCAACACUGACCUCCCUUUUCAGACAGCGGUUUUGGACACCAGUCGGACAUCACGACAUCAUGGCCUGGUGGACCGCGUGUAUCGGGACAGGAACCGCAACGCUUCUCCGCAUCGUAGACCUCUUUCUGUGGACAAGCAUGGACGUCAGAUUGACAGCUGCCCCUACAGCUCCGUGUAUCUGUCACCACCACCUGACACAAGUUGGAGGAGAACCAACUCUGACUCGGCUCUACACCAGAGCGCUGUGAAUCCAGCUCCACAGGAUACUUUUGUUGGUGGAUCUCAGGAACUACAGUCAAAAGGAGUAAAAACUUUGCUGUUGCUCACGCCUCCAGAUACAGAGGACACUGAAUCAGAGAUGGAGAAAGACGAGCCCAAAGCAUCUCUGCAUACCGAGUCAUGUGACGUUCCUGGGAUUCACAUAUUCCCAUCUCCUGAUGAAGAAAUGAAUAGUUCUUUGAUGCCAUCUGCUCACAGCAGCGGCGGCUCCUUACCUGAUCUGACAAACAUCCAGUUCCCUCCUCCUCUCCCCACCCCACUGGAUCCAGAUGACCCCAUUACCUUCCCUACCUCCAGCUCCAGCAGCACCACCAACCUGACACACUUGGGCAUCAGUGCUGCCAGUCAUGUCACUCCCUCCCCUCCUGCCCAGCACACUGGGCCUGCCCCCUCACCCAAUAUCAGCCCACAGCCGCCUGCCCCCACACUACCACCUGCCAUCUCACCCCAAAUAGCCAUCGCACAGCCAAUAAUGAUGGACAGCCUGUCCCUGGAGCAGCAGCUGUCUCAAUACUCACUGCUGAGUUUACUGAACGACCUGCAGAAACAGCCGCACACCUUCCCUCAGAACAUUCGUCUCAUACGCCUCCCGCCUCUCACUGUAAGCUCCACCCCCAACACCACCCAGCCCUCUCUUGCCAGCCAAUCACAGUCAGCCACAAGCGGAGAUGCCAACUCGUACCGCAGUCAGACAGGCUCUUCAGCCAAUCAGUCACCAACAUCUCCAGUGUCCAAUCAGGGCUUCUCACCUGGCGGUUCACCACAACAUAUUCAGGUGGUUGGAAGCAUCUUCGGGGAUUCAUUGUAUGAUCAGCAACUUCAAUCCAGACAGACCAAUGCCUUAUCUAACCAGCUGGAGCAGUUCAACAUGAAUAUGAUGGAGAAUCCAGGUGGCUCUAGUCACUGUUCAACGCUGAACUACACGCAGGCAGCCAUGAUGGGUUUAACCGGGAGCCACAGCAGUCAGCAGGACAUGCAGCAGCUCGGUUACAGUAGCCAUGGCAACAUCCCCAACAUCAUUCUCACAGUGACGGGAGAAUCUCCGCCAAAUCUCUCCAAAGACCUCACCAGCUCGUUGGCCAGCGUUGGUGACAUCAGCUUUGACACAGACUCUCAGUUCCCAUUGGACGAGCUGAAAAUCGACCCGUUGACACUGGACGGACUGCACAUGCUCAAUGAUCCGGACAUGGUUCUGGCCGAUCCGGCCACUGAGGACACGUUCCGCAUGGAUCGACUGUGAACCCGUGAAUGCAAUUCGAAGCGAGACAUUCUGCUGCAUGGCCUCUCAGUUCACCAUCUGGUCAGUGGCCGUCCACGUCCCCCCAAACACCCACGUAAACAGCAGGCUGCCAAACCACUCGUGGCCAGGGACUGGUGGUGACGGCGAGGGGUGGAGGUGGAAGUGCUGUGACAACACUGGAUAGUUUCCAAUGCGCAAUACCAUCCACCAUCCACUCUCUUCAUGUAUUCAUGUUUUGUUUACUUGGUUACAAUUACGAUUUAACGAUUCCUUUUACAUUGUUCAUUCUGAUGAUUUCAUGGAUCAUACCAUGUUAAGUAAUUAAUAUUUACAUUAUUUUUGUAACAUUACGGUAAGUGAAAAAUCUGACAGAAAAUCUGUUUUUUAAAUGUUUACAUAAUUAUGCCAUGUGUCUUUGAAGAAAUAUCCAUCUGUGUGUUAUUAUGUGUGUGUAAUCAGCAUAUUUAUUUAGAUUGUAUUUAUUCUAAUUAUUUUUGUAAUAAUAUAUAUUAUUUAAUCAUAUUUAUGUAAGGAGCACUACUCCCCCAGAUUGUGUAUCAAAUGUUUAAGGGAGCGUAGUCUCACGUAGCCAGACCUUCAGACUGACGGCUGAAUCUGGAAUUCAUGGCUGCUUUCUUUGGCCAAGGUCCACCAAUGAGGCCAUUUGACCGACAUGUCAAACAAUCAAUCACAGUGCGUUUCGUUCAGCUUCAAGUUUCAGGGCGUGAAAGUGUUGCCACAAUAACAAACCAGUGUGUAAAACCCUCAGAUGUAUUAUAAAGAUUCUAUUCCGCCAAGUGAAAAUAUUUCAAACACUUUUGAAAACCCAGCGUUUAGUUGAUCCUGAAGCAUGACGGCUUUCUUCUUUUGUGAGAGGGUUUGGCAUCACGGCGUCUUUGUUUCCAGGUGGAACGUUAAAGAACGCGACACACACGUCUUGCUGAAAUCCUGUAGAAUUCAACCAAUAUGAUGACAACUUUGAAACUCCUUAAGUGUUUCCACUUUUGUCCCAUAUGCAUCAGACAUUCAGCCAACAGUCUGUGGGGUGAGACUAAAGGGAGCGUUGCUCACUGUACACUGGAAGGCAUAAAGUUUGCUUUAACAAAAUGGCUUCCAUCAUUUCGUUUUGCCAGCAUUAUGUAUCCUCCAGACAUCUCAAGAUGUCACAAUUGGUCUUUUGAUAUCAUAUUUGAUAUUUUAUUUGCCUGUGAUUUUUCUUGCAGAAGGACAGCAGUCUCUCUAUAGGAAUGUAACCCAUAUCUUGGUGAUUUGUGGACAUGUGUCAUGUGACUUUCCAUAUGUUUCACAUAUGUUAUUUAUUCAAAUUGAAGAUCUGUUAUAGCUGAAAUGUACGCUUCAACGGUGGUCAGUAAAUAUGUGACCCUAGAGCUGCUGCAGAAACCUGUUGAACACUUCACUGUGAGAGGACCUGAUUUUGCCUUAUAUGAACAAAAUGCUGUUUCUAACUGUUAACAUGUUUUUCUAAUAGUCUCUAAAGUGUUUUCCUCGUGAUACUCUUGUUUUAACAAUGCCAUUUUGUUUAGUAUUGAAUGCUGUAUAGUUUGUAAUUGUACUGCCAAACAUAACUUAAGGUUCUGUUGUGAAGCUGAUGUCAGUCAUCUGGCUUGGGGAGAGUAAUGCUCCUUUUUCUGUGUGUUUACAGGAGCUUCUGUUUGUCAUUCCCAUGCGUAUGUUCAUGUCCUGUCAUACCUUGAUCAAGUGACCAAGUUUUCCCCGAGUACUAUAAGAAGGAAUUAAGGAAUCACUCAUUUACAAUUUAGUGAUGCAGUUAUGAGCUUUCUAUGCAGUGGGGUCCAAAAAACACCACAUUAUGGAAUGAAAAUGAUCAAAAACAAAGACAAUUAUUACGUAACAUGUUGAUUGUGUACAAAAUGACAUUGAAACAAAGGGGACAAUAAGAAAUAUUAAGGAAUUUAUUUUAUUUAUUUUUAGUUUUAGUUUUUUAGUCAAACUGGUAUGUUGAUAAUUAUAGAAGCUUGCCAUGGGACAAAAAAGGUUUAACUUUUUGAGCACAGUUCAUACUUUUAAAAUUAUGAGAUAAAAAGAUGCAAUUAACUUAAUUGUUUUUAUUUAGAAGUGGAAAAAAAACAGCAGAUUUUUAAGAUAUAAACUUUUUUAUUAUUAUAAUUCUUUAUUCCACAUAAAAAACAAGCUUUCAUUUAUAAUAGUUUAGAUUUUUAUUUCAAGUUAAGUAUUGUCAUUUUUUGUACUUUUGGACCCCACUUUAACUUGUAAGUCUUAUAAACAACAUAUUUAUAAAACUGGGGAUGAAUAGCAAGGUAAAGUUUUUGGCAAUUAAACGAAAUGUUUCCUUCUAAAGUUUUAGCCAUUUUGGUUGAGCCAGUAAUAUAUUUUGGUCAUCUGGGUCCUGGAAGGAAAUAUUAACUCUCAAAACUGUGCAAAUCCAAUUUGAUUCCUAUGCAAACUGAAAGCAUAAAUCAACCAAACAAUCUGGGAUAUUAAUGGGUGAAUAUGAAUAGUAUUCUUAGUGCUGAGAAAUAGGGAUUGGCUCAGAUGGUGCAUACACUGUAGUUUAUUAGACGUAACAAAAACCGCAAUACUCGCUUAAGUUUUUAUUCCUCAAACUGUGCCAGAAUAUUUCUCCUGUUAUUUUCAUAUGUUUUCCAUGAGCGUGUUUCGCUCCUGAAAAUAGUGUACAUAAAGCUUAUCACUGGAAUAUGAUGACAGCAUGUCAAAACGAGAAAAAACCUUUAGAGCGAGGUCUUCGUUAGUUUUUUGGUAUGAGGUCUUCAAUUGCUUGGCUGAUUCCAGUAACAAGAUUCACUGCACAUAAAACAGUAUAAACCCAUGAGACACAGUGCAUGUAUUAGUUAAUGCUAGUCGUGUCAUUUUACGUCUAUGAUCAUGUUUAGAAACAGAAUGUAUUUGUGGGGCUCCGUGUUAUGAUCUUUUUCAAGUUAGUGCAUUACACCAAAUGACCUGCUGGACAAUGCUUGACCAAAGCACUAUUGUUUUUUGUUUGUUUGUUUGUUUGUUUUAUUCUCUGAUCUGUUAUGUUGCUGUUUUUUGUUUUCAGCCAUGGUAGCAUUUUCCUACUCAUCACGAUUGUAGCAUGUUUGAUAUCUUCAGUUGGGUCAUUCCCUUGCCCUCUCGAUUCGCUUGGCCCUUGCAUCUUGAGAUUCCGAAUGAAAUCCUGUCAGGAAAUCUCAAAGAUACGGCAGCUUUCAUACUGAUGUUUAUGUGCAUUUCUUCUAAAUCUUCUGGCUGCUGCUCCUGGAAACUUCAGCUGCGGCUUUGCUCAUGAAACUUGGACUGUUUUACCUUCUGAGAAUGCCGACUGUUCAAUCCUGUACAUGCACUUCCCUCAGUUUACCAUGAAGAUGUUCUUUGUGUACUGUUUUCUGUAUUGCACUGAUAAUUCAUAGGGAAAACAAUUCUGGAAGCGCAUGACUUCCCAAUGCAGAACGAAAAAGGGCUCAGUCUGUUUGUUGCUUUAACAUGUGAAAAAUUAGGAGAUGUAGGCAGACUGCAUGUGUUUAUUGGUAAAAUAAUUUGUUGUUGAUGCACAUGCAGCAUGCAGCCAAACUGGGGCGGUUUUAGCUAACAGCACUUAUGUGAAUGUUGGAAUUGUUAAUUUGUGUCCUGAUUAUUUGUGUAAGACUAAACCCCCUUAGAGUAAAUUCCCCUUUAAGCCUUAAUAGAACUGCUGAGCAGUUAGUGACCAUGAUUACAAUGUCCGUACUAUUAAGACUUAUAAUGACGUAGCUGACUAGUUGAGAUGUAUUUCUUGAUAAACAUAAUGAUAGUCACCCAUAGGAUAGAGCUGAGCAAUAUAACAACCAUUCCCCUUAAAUCACAGCAUUAGCAUAAACGAAUUGCCAUCUACAUCGAUUUCUUUCUGUAAAAAUUAUCUAUUUUUAAUUUUGUCAACCAUCAUUUCAAUUAAGGCAGGUUUAAUGAGUAUUAGAAGACAAUGGAAACAAACCACUCAUGAGAGUGUUGUUACAGAAUGCGCAUCAAAUCUUUGUGAUCUCUCGUUUUCUGAGCCUAAACAGUGCUCGCUCUUUAUUGGAGUUAACGGUAUAUUAGGGCAUAUCAUUUGUGGUCGUCUAGAGCUUUUAUUGGGUUGGAUAUAUCCAGACGCUCAGUUCUAUAGUCGCUGUGCUGGUGUGGUCAUCUUUGUCUCCUAUAUGUGGUAACUGAUUGUAGAAGGAACUGAUUUUCGUCUUUGUCGUUUUGCUGGUCCUUUUCCUUUCUCAGAAAAAAAUAUGCUAAAUAUGGAUGUGCAUGUUGUCUCAGCUGCAUAUUUCAGAGCCUUCUUGUUAUAUCAUUUAUAUUUUGUAACCUGUAUUUCUGUACGUGUUUUUAAAAUACAUAUAUAUAGAUAUAUAUUUUUUGAAUUCUGGCUUUUGUGACCUCAGUGCUAAUGCAGUGUUGUCAAUUAAUGUUUUUCAUCAGGGUUUUAUGAGGAAAGCUUGUUUACUAAAAAUCGCAAAGUAUAAAAGAAUGGAGUAUAAAAUAUGACACACACGACUCACAUUCAUUAAUCUUGUUAAAAAAAAUGAGUGAUGAUGUUGAGUUUGGCUUUAAAAAAGCUGGAUUUGCUGGGUUUUGAAUUUCUUAAAGUCCUCACAUAUUGUAUCUUAAAAAAAAAAAAACAGGAAUACAGUAGAGCUGAUUCAUGCAUUCUCUCCUCAGAUGUGACUGUGAAUUUUGUAUGCUCGUCACAGAUUUAAUUUAGAUAACAGACAAAACUUAGCAGGCCAGAUGAGGUCUUAAAGAGGAUUCUGGAUUCUGUGUGAUUUCAAAGAAAAUAAAUUGGUAACUGGCUCAUGGAAAGCGAGGCCACUUAAAUAAGAUUGAUUGCAAAAUUAGAAUUUUUCUAUUAAAAUACAUGGAAUGUUUAUCAAUAAAGUAGAACAUAAAUAGA